UUCUUCCUUCAACUUUAAAUUAUAUAUGUAUGUAAAUUAUGUAUUUCUCUUAAACGAAAUUCACCACACGAUAGAAUUAACCAUACGGAAAUGAAAAUUUCAUCAUAAUAAAAUCUUAUUAUAAUUAAAAUUAAAUUAAAAAAAAUCAAUGAAAUAAUUUAAAAACGAAUAUUGAAUUACAUAGAAUAAUAUUAUUAUGCUGGGUCGUCCAUUUCCAGUCAGUAUAUUAAACCCAAUAACGCAUUUUAAUCUCAUUAUUUUUAAAUGAUGUCUGAUAUAAGGAACGAGAAAAAUCUAAAAUCAAACGAAAUGCCAGUAUCUGUAUCUGGUUUGAAACGGCUUCGGCAACUGGAAUCAUUGAUAUUAGAAAACGGUGUGUCAAAUAUUUUUCUUGGCUCUGGUGAUGGAACGAAUACAGAUUUACCAAAUAAUCCGGGUAAAUCGUUAUCUGUUGAAGCUUUACUUGACGCAUUACUGGUGCUGUAUGAUGAAUGUUGUAAUUCGUCACUACGACGUGAAAAGACUGUUUCAGAUUUUAUAGAAUUAGUUAAACCAGUUAUUUUAUUGCUAAAACAAUUACGCCUGACCAGAGAUGAUUUCGAAGUUCUAAAAGUUAUUGGGCGCGGCGCUUUUGGAGAGGUUUGUGUUGUUCGCAUGGUUACCACGAAUCAGAUAUUCGCAAUGAAAAUUUUAAAUAAAUGGGAAAUGUUAAAAAGAGCAGAAACUGCAUGCUUCCGUGAGGAAAGAGAUGUAUUAGUUUUUGGUGAUCGCCGUUGGAUAACAAAUUUACAUUAUGCUUUUCAGGAUGAAACUAAUCUUUAUUUGGUCAUGGAUUAUUAUUGUGGUGGUGAUUUGCUUACAUUACUAAGUAAAUUUGAAGAUCGCUUACCCGAAGACAUGGCACGAUUUUAUAUAGCAGAAAUGAUAUUAGCAAUUCAUAGUAUUCAUGAGCUUAGAUAUGUUCAUCGUGAUAUAAAACCCGAUAAUUUAGUAUUAGAUGCUAGUGGUCAUAUUCGUUUAGCAGAUUUUGGUUCAUGCCUAAAGCUUGGCCCUGGUGGUACUGUACAAUCUAAUGUUGCUGUUGGAACACCUGAUUACAUAUCUCCAGAAAUAUUACGGGCUAUGGAAGAUGGCCAAGGGCGUUAUGGUCCUGAAUGUGAUUGGUGGUCACUUGGGGUUUGCAUGUACGAAAUGCUGUAUGGUGAAACACCAUUUUAUGCUGAAAGUUUGGUGGAAACUUAUGGAAAAAUUAUGAAUCAUAAAAAUUGCUUCGACUUCCCCCCUGAUGAUGGAAUCGAUUAUCAAAUAUCAGAAAAUGCAAAGGACUUAAUUAAACGUUUAAUUUGUUCACCAGAAUUUCGUUUGGGUCAAAAUGGAAUUGAUGAUUUUAAGAAACAUCCAUGGUUCGAAGGAAUCGAUUGGGAAAGUAUACGUUUAGGUCAAGCACCAUAUAUACCUGAGGUUUCAAGUCCAACAGAUACUUCAAAUUUUGAUGUAGAUGAUAAUGAUAUUAGAUUAUCAGACGCUGUACCACCAACUGCCAAUCCAGCCUUUUCUGGUUUACACUUGCCUUUCAUAGGUUUUACAUUUACACAAACAAGUUGUUUAUCAGAUGUCGGAAAAAUUCGACGUGCCGAUGCUGGUACUUUGGAUAUAAUGACAGAAGCCGAUGAUUAUAAAACAAACAAUAUAAAUAAUACUGGCGCAACAACCGGUGAGGAAAAGCGAUUAAGUCCAGAUAGCACUAGAAGAUUACAAGAUGAAAUAAACAUACUGACAAAGAGAAAUUGUGAAUUAGAAAGCCAAAUAAAAAGUUUCGAACGACAGGAAAUGCAAACAAAAUCAAAUUUAAGCAGCGGCCAUGAUUCAAUUGACGGGCAAAUGGAUGCUAAAAUCAAAGAUUUAGAAAAACAGAUUAGAAUUUUAAAACAGGAAAAAGAAGAUUUAGCAAAAGAGAAAGGAGAUGCGCUAGAAAGACUGAAAUCUCAAGAUAUUGAAUUAAAUGAUGCUUUAAGUCAAAGAAAGUUGGCUAUGACAGAAUACUCAGAAGUUACAGAUAAACUUUCUGAAUUAAGAAGCCAAAAGCAAAAAUUGUCGCGGCAGGUACGCGAUAAAGAGGAAGAAUUGGAAACGGCGAUGCAAAAAAUUGAUAAUUUACGUAAUGAUUUACGUAAAGCAGAUAAAAAUCGUCGUGAGAUGGAAUCACGUAUUGAGGAUGUCAUUGCUGAAGUUACAAAAGAACGAAAAUUACGAGAACGUUCUGAAGAAUAUUGUAGACAAUUGCAAGCUGAAGUUCGCACUCGAAGUACGUCAGAUUUAGGAUCAUCAUCAUCAUUGGGUGGCAUUUCUUCGGAAGCUUCUCGACUAGAAAUUGAUCGUAUUGAAGUUCAGUUUACUGAAAAGUUAAAUCAACAGCAAUCUAGGUUUAAUUUGGAAACAGCUUCGUUGCGAGAACAACUGAAUGAAGCAGAAAAACAUCGAGAUAUUCUUUACCGUGAAUUGCAGCAAACACGAGAAAAAUUUGACACAAGUCGAUUGGAAUCACUAACUGACACUGAAGAAACAAUAUCAGAAUUAAAGAAACGCUAUGAGCGUGAGAAAACUUUAUGGAUGGACGAAAAAAGGAAAUUAUUAAAUGAAAUCGAACUAGUAUCAGAAAAUGGUCGUAGAAUCCAAGCACAACAAAUGCAGGUUGAAAACGAUUUUGAGGAGUUAAGAAGCAAAAGACAAGCAAUCAGCCAAUGGGAAAGACAAAUGGCCGAAAUUAUACAGUGGGUAUCAGAUGAAAAAGAUGCUCGUAGCUAUUUGCAAGCUUUAGCAAGUAAAAUGACCGAAGAAUUAGAAUAUUUGAAACACUCAGGAUCAUUACAUCAGAACAGUUCCGACAAAAAUUGGCGUAAUCGUAGAUCACAGAAGUUAGAUAAAAUGGAAUUAUUAAAUCUCCAAAGUUCACUGCAAAGUGAAAUACAAGCUAAAGCAGCUAUUUCAGAAGAAUUGAGUCGUACGAGAGCCGACUUGGUCGCAGCACAAAAGGACCUACGGGAAGCAAGGCAACGUUGCGACUCAAUUGGUCAUGAAUUAAAACGAAAAGAUAGUCAAGUUAGGGAGUUACAGCAACGUUUAGAAAAUAGUGAAGGAUUACGUCGUUCAUCAAUUGGGACGACAUCAGAUAUAUCUAGUCAAUUAGAUUACAAUCAUAGUAACAGUACACCUUCUUUAAUACCAUUAACAAUAAGUUGUUUCAAUAAUAAUAAUAACGAGAAUGAAAAUUCGAAUAUUAAUAACAAAAAUAAUACAAUAUAUAAUGAAAGUAUGAUUACUUCAAAUGAAAGUCAUAACAAAAUUGAUUUUAAACAUUAUGAGACUGAAAUAGAUAAUUUAUCUGCAAGUGCGACAAAUGCAAGCACUGCAAACAUUUCUAAUUUGGCAACAACACCUACAACAACAACAUUAAAUUUAAUUGAGCAACUCGGUGAAAUAUUUAAGAAAAAUAAUGAAAAUAGUGAACUUUUGGAAGAAUCUUCCAAAAAUAAAAUUGCAGCAAAAAGAUCAUUUUCAAAACGAAGAGAUUUCGAAAAAAAGCGUCGUGAGAGUGAAAGUGAAAAAUUUGUUAAUGAAAUACAUGAAAAAGAAUUGCGUUGUGAAAAUAUUGAAGAUGAUGAUUUAAUCGACGAAAAUGUUUUUUCUGAUGCUUCUAUGGCUCCAAAUGAUAAUAUAUCGAAUUUAUCAUUUAUGGUAUCCAGUGAUAGUGAUUUACGUUAUAGAGAUGACGAUUGUAAUUUUUCUGAUGCGAUUUCAUUAACAAGCAGUUGUGAUACUUUUGAUGAGGAUGAAUUUAUAGCGAACAUAUUAAGUAGCAGUACAGUAGAAUUGAAUGAAGUUGAUCCAAAUAUUAAUGAAAACAUCGGUGGCACUGAGCUAACAGAAUUUGAAAAAGAAAUUGUUAACAAAUAUAUGAAACAAUUGGAAGUCAAUAUAAAUAAAGUUGAGGAAGAUCUUCUACAAAGUCGCAAUAAACCGCAACAGUUGCCACAAUCAAAUGAAAAUCUUAAAAGUCUUUCAAAAAUAAAUUGUAAGAAUACAAAUCUACUAAACAAAACAGAAAACAUUGAAGAAAAUAAUGAUCAUGAAUGCAUUGAAGAGCAUGCUAACGAAAUUAAUAUAUUAAAUACUAAUACUGUUAACGAGAAAAAUAUUAACGAUAAAAUUUUGGAACGGCCAUCAUCACAAAUGUCAUAUUUAGAUCAUUUCUUAAAAGAGUCUGGAGGAAAAAGUAAUGUCGAUGCUACUAGUAUAGGUGGAGGUGGUUCAACAACACAUACAAUUUCAUCAGCACUUGGAGGAAAUAUGCAUCCCUCAUCGAAUUCAAUUGCACAGUAUUCACCACAUCAACAGAAUGCACAAAAUUUGUCAUCUGCAUCUUCGUCAUCAAAUAAUAUUCAUAAUCAGCAACAACAACAACAGCAGCAGCACAUAUUAUCACAACAACAACAUUUAGCUCAUGCACAACAACAGAUGCUUCUUCAACAGCAACAUUCAAUUAGCGGCGGGGGUGUUUAUUCAAUUGAAAGUGAAUUAGAUGGUGAAUUGGAUGAUAAUCGUGCUCAUAGUUUAUCCAGUUCAAAAUCAAAUCUUAGUGAUAAUUCAAUGGAUCAGCACAGUUUACACAGUUCAAUAAUACAAAAGCAAAAAAUUCAUCAAUUCUUGGUACGAACAUUUAGUAGUCCAACCAAGUGUAAUCACUGUACAUCACUAAUGGUCGGUUUAACACGUCAAGGAGUAGUUUGUGAGCUAUGUGGCUUUGCUUGUCAUACAGUUUGUUGUCAAAAGGUUCCUACAACUUGUCCAAUACCGUCAGACCAAGCAAAAAGACCAUUAGGAAUAGAUCCAACUCGUGGUAUUGGUACUGCUUAUGAAGGUUAUGUUAAAGUACCAAAAAUGGGUGCUGUUAAACGGGGUUGGGUUCGACAAUUUGUUGUAGUUUGUGAUUUUAAAUUGUUUUUAUAUGAUAUAACAUCAGAUAGAACCGCACUGCCAAGCGUCAAUGUCUCACAGGUGCUAGAUAUGCGUGAUCCAGAGUUUGUUGUCACUGGUGUUCGAGAAAGUGAUGUUAUACAUGCAGCUAAAAAGGAUGUGCCGUGUAUAUUUAGAAUAAAAACAUCAUUAAUUGACGGUGGCCCAUCGUCACAUACUUUAAUGUUAGCUGAUACUGAAUCAGAAAGAACAAAAUGGGUCGUAGCCCUGAGUGAAUUACAUCGAAUAUUAAAGCGCAAUAAUUUACCAAAUACAGCAAUAUUUAGAGUACGUGAAGUUCUUGAUAGUUUAGCAUUGAAUUUAAUUCGAAGUGCAUUAAGCGCAUUAAUAAUUGAUCCAGAUCGCAUAUUGUUAGGAACGGAAGAUGGCCUAUUCUGUUUGGAAUUAGAUCAAAGCGAAAUAGCACGUAUUGGGGAAAGUAAACGGAUUAUACAGCUUUGGCAUAUUGUCGAAGAACAAAUUCUAGUCGUAUUAUGUGGUAAACAACGACACGUGCGUUUGUUACCUAUUCGAGCAUUAGAGGCAACAGAUGUUGAAUGGAUUAAAGUAGCUGAAUCGAAAAAUUGUAUUACAGCUUGUACUGGCAUUAUUCGUCGAAGCCCACAAAUUGUUUAUUGUGUUGUAAUCGCAUUAAAACGACCUAAUAAUCAAUCACAAAUAAUUGUUUAUGAAAUUAAUCGAAAUCGUACUCGACAUCAUAAAAUGUGCGAAUUUACUGUGGCAUAUCCGGUUCAAAGUUUGCAAGUUUUAACUGAUAUGAGAUUGGCAGUAGGCCAUCAAAGUGGUUUUACUUCAUACUUCUUACAGGGUGAAGCUCAAGCAGUGCCUCUAGUCCAUCCAGAAAACCAAUUAUGUGCGUUCUUAAAUUAUUCUGGGGUAGAUGCAAUACGGGUAAUAGAAAUUCAAGGUCCAGGUAGUGGUGGAUAUGGGGAAUAUUUGUUAGUGUUUCAAACUUUAGCAAUUUAUGUUGAUUUACAAGGGCGGAAAUCUCGCGAUAGGGAAAUUAUGUAUCCAGCUGUACCGACGCAUAUAACGUAUUGUGACGGUCAUCUACUAGUUUUUUCUGAAACCCAUUUAGACGUUUUUAAUACCCAAACAGCCGAAUGGGUCCAGUCAAUUGGAUUAAAGCGCUCCCGGCCAUUGAAUAAUCAAGGAAAUCUUGGUUUGACAUAUAUUAAUGAUUCUCCGAUUGUUAUUUAUUUAGCUAAUAUGCACACAAGAGAGCUUUUAAAUACACAUAGUGAACGAGAUGGACGUUCAAAGCCUAAACGAAGAUUUUCCAUGAGAGAAGGAAAUCGAAUUGCACGAACUUCUACCGAUCGAAGAUCAAAAAUGAUAUCAGCACCAACGAAUUUCAGUCAUAUUUCGCAUAUGGGACCCGGUGAUGGUAUUAAAAAUCAAAGAUUACUCGACUUACCAACGACCAUAGAAACAGCUGAUCAAACAGUAGUUCAGCAACAACAGCAAAGAUUAUCAAUGCGUCAUGCACCACCACCACCGAGAGCUCCACCACGUCCAGCUGGUUUACCACCUUAUAAUGGAGCAAAACGAAUAGCACCUGCAAGGCCUCGAGAACAACCACCAUCCUUACCAGCUCGUUCACCUAGUCCUUUAGGAAGUAUGUCUUCUUUACAUGAUGUUUUAAAGGUCGUUGAUAUGCAAUCUGGAUCGAGACAUAGUGUCGCUAGCAACAAUUCUAGUUCGGUUUCAAGUCCUCCAUCGCCGAGUGGUGAUCGCUUGAGCUCUAGUUAUGACUCGGGCAAGUGAAUUUUUCAGUUAAUUGGAGUUAUGCAAUGGAAAAUUCAUCAUACGAAAUACAAGAAGCAACAAAAUUUUUUAUGGAGAUUGACAACAUUGUAAAUUUGAUUUUUAGCAUGCAAAAAAAUUUGAUUUUCUAUUUUAUAUUUAAUUAUAAAUUAAAAUUUUUACUUUAGAAUUAUUAACUUUUAUGUCUAAAAAUUUACAAAAAUCAAAAAAAAAACAAUUAUUUAACAGUAAGAUGCUUUUUUAAAAUGAUGAUUUUCAAAUUUUACGGCUUCUAAAAUAUUAUGUGGGCAGCUCUUUAUAAUAAUUUUUAAUAAACAAUAAAAUAGCAAAUUCUAUAUUAUGAAAACUUGUAAUAAAAUAAUUAAAAUAAAGUUUCAUUUUGAAGAUCAAUAAAUAUUUUAAUGGUAUGAACUUAUUUAAUUUUUAAAAUUAAAAAUUUUAUUCAAAAUUCAAUUAAUAAUUAAACUGGAGAAAUCAAAAUAACUAAUUUACAUAUACAUAUUUUGAAAAAGUCAUUAAGGUUAAUAUUGUUUUUAAACAAAACUUUAAAAAUUCUUUAUUUAAAUUAUUUAUUAUUUUUCAAAAACAAUAUGUUAAUAUAAGUGUAGUUUCGAGAAUGUAAAUCAUGUAUGCUAUGUUUUAACGUUAAAGUACUUACUUAUUAUUGUACGAAUUGUAAAACUUUACAAUCAAGUAUAUUUUUUUGUCGGCCUUUCGAUUAGUGAAAAGUGAAAGCUUAUUUUGUCUUCUUUUUUUUCACUUUUAUUAUUUAACAAGAUUUCAAACAUUUAAUCAAAUAAUAAAAAAAUAUUUUAAUAAUAUUGUAAUCGAUCACUAUUUAAAAUAAUUAAUCUUUUAUACUAGUUAAAAAUAUGUUUGAAGGAAUAAAACUAUGAAUAGUGCAACUAAAAAUUGUUAUAAUCUCAUUUAUUUAUUCUUUUGUUUGUUUUAUAAUUUAAUAGAUAUAAUUGUAGAUACUUAAUUAAAUAGUCAAAAAUCCAAAAAAAAAAAAAUAAUAAUAAAAUGUCUUGCGAAUUAAAAAUUACUUUGAUUUUUAAUAAUAUUUAAUUCGGCAUUCAUAAUUACAAUAACUUCAAUAAUAUAUUGGUAUUAAAGAAUAUUUUUUUUUCUGUAAAUAAAUUCGAAUUUUAUUUUAUAUUUUUUAUGUUUUAUUUAAUGACUUUGAUAUACAUCGUAUUAUAGCUACUUUUCUUUAUAUAAGUAAAUAAAUUUGUGUAUUUAAAAUAUUUUUAAAAAUUAAAUUAAUAAUGUAUAAAUAAAGUAUUUAAGCAAUUUUUUAAAAUAUGUUAAAUAAAAAUAAUAAUCAACCAUGACAAAUAAAAUUAUAAAUCACCACUGCAUUUUAAA